AUGGAGAAGCUUCUUCUGGGUGCCCUGCUUCUCACCUUUCUCUCAGAGGGUAUGACACAGAAAGACUUGAGAGGGAAGGUGUUUAUUUUCCCUGAAGAAUCAAACAAAGCCCAUGUGUCCCUGAUCCCCAGGGUGAAGAAGCCACUGAAAAGUUUCACUCUGUGCCUGAAAGCCUCCACAGACCUCACCCCCUCUUACAGCCUCUUCUCCUACAGCACUAGGUCUACAGACAAUGAGCUGCUUCUCUUUGUCGACAAAGUAGGAGAGUACUAGCUGUACCUUGGGAACACCAGGGUCACUUUCAAGGUCCCCCUGUCCCCUUAUGCCCCAAUCCAUCUCUGUGCAAGCUGGAAGUCUGCCUCUGGGAUUGCUAAACUCCGGGUGAACAUGAAGCCCGUGGGAAGGAAGGGUUUGAGGAAAGGGUACUCCUUGGGAGCAGGGGCAAGCAUCAUCCUGGGACAGGAGCAGGAUUCCUGUCCAUUUUUCUGGCUCUGUUAA